AUGCCACCAAUGGGGUGCGUUAGCAGCAGAGGCAUGGAAGCCCCGGACCUCGAUAGUAGUACCGAAUACGACAGCAGCACCAUCUCCCGAACCACGUCGCAGUCUUCCCGAGCCACCGCGCAGUCGCCGAGCCUCCAGGCUCGGCGGUCAGGACCAGCUCCGUCCAGAGGCUUGGGAGGAGCGAUGGGACAGAUGGCAGGAUCGCAGCCAGUAAAGGACCUGUUGGACGUGUUCAUUGACGAGGUAGAGAGUUCGCACAAGCGAAAGUCCAAGAGCAAGACACACAGACACAAGGGGUCAUCUGGAGAAGCUGGUGCAGCGGGGGAUGUUGGGGCAGCGGGGGAGGCUGGGGAAACGGGGGAGAGUGGAGCAACAGCGGAAGUUGGAGCGGCAGGGAGGAUUGGGGUAGAAAGAGCGUCUGAGGCCGCAGGAGUAAAGGCAGCAGAUAUUGGGGCGUUGAGAGGAGGGGAGGUGAAAGGAACAGCUAUUGGGGCAUCCCAGGGUGAGGUAGAGGGGCGAGCAACAGAAGGGCGGAAGGGAGGUGAGGAGGAAGAUGGGAUGGGGCCGCGAGAGAAAGGGCGGGGUUUGGAGUGCACAUUAGAUGAGCGCUCAUCUAAUAGUAAGGCGGCUGGACCAGAUACAGAAGUAGCAACAGCAACAGCAGCGCCAGACUCAGCUCCUUUACCUACAGAGACAUAUCUUCUGAAUAAUCCGGCUUGCGAGCUUGCAAGGCACGCUGGCGCCACAUCGGAUGCCACGUCAGAUCCUCAUGCUGGGAGCUUAAGCACAAACGGUCCUCCUCCUCCUGUUCACAGCAACCCUGCUACAGCCUGCUCCGCGGAUUCAGUGCAUCUAGACAAUCCCAAGGGCGCCUCGUGGAAGGCUGACAAUCCCAAGGCUGGUUCAGGGGAGGUGAAAAAUCCCGGAGCUGCACAACAGGAUACAGGGGAACCAGCAGGCUUAGGUUCGGGAUGUACAGACCAGGCAGGUAGCUUCGGUGGUGUGGUCCGGGCCAGCCCUGGCGAGGCUGAAGCAGGGGCGGGUUUUGAGGGAGAGGUUGGGAGAGUAGGUUCGGGGAGAGACGGACCUGUCGUCCGAACCUGGGAGGUUGACCCGGAGCGCCGAGCCAAGAGCUGGAGAAGAGACGUGGAGGCCGAGUUCUCUAGGGGUGAAAAGAAGAGAAGAGGCUCGAAGGCGCAGGUAGUAACAGCUCCGGAAGCAGCAGGUGUGGGCGAUGGGGAUGGUGUAAGCAGAGGACCAACGGUUGUGAUUGACUCUGGAGCGGAGGAAGCUAAUAAGGAACGUCAGAUGGAGCAGCCCGUACGUGCUAUUGGUAAUGCAGGUACAGGGGAGGGCGGAGGGGGCGAUAGAAAGGAGGGCGGGGGCACGUAUGUGAAUUUAGACGCGCCUCUGAUUUCGUCUGGUGAGGGGGAGGGUGGUGGUGGCACGUACCUGUUUGCAAUGAAGCUGCGACGAGUGAGGAGCUCGGGAGAUGUCACGAAAGGGGAUGUCUCUAAAGGGGAUGUUGUUUCUAACGGGGAUGCUACUGACGCGGAUGUUGUCAGCAGCGGCGCUGCACCUGCGAGUGCUGGGGUGAAGGCCAGGCAGGAGGGGAAGGGGAGCCUGCUGGGUGUGCUGGAGCAUGAGUGCAUGGGGGAGGGGGAGGGAAGGAGUAAGGGGGAGGAUGAGGAAAGAAGCAAGGAGGGUCAGGAGGGGAGGAAUGAGGAGGCGGAGGGCCAGGCUAGCCCCAGCAGCAGUAGGCCGGUGCAAGGCAUGCAGAGAGACAGUGGCUUGGUGAUGCGGGGAAAUGGUGCUGUGGUGCAGAGGAAGCGAGCACUGACGGGUGAGGAGAACGCACAAGGAGGAGAUGAGAGGGAGGGAGGGCAGGGAAGCCGAGGGCAAAGGGAGGCCGAGGAGAAUGAUGGUGGCGGGGGUGGUGAUGAUGAUCUGAUGCUUACUGGCAGCUUCUCCUGCUUCGCCAGGAGUCCCAGGCCCAGCCAGCCUGAUGCAAAAUUCAGUGCAGGGUGUCUCCGCCAACCUUCCCCCAGCCUCCCCCAGGUCACCCUCCCUCCAACGCCCUCUAGCCUCCUCGCCCCGGGCUUCAUCAGCCAAAAGGGGCGUGUCCAUAGUCCUUCCCACAGCCCCUGUCCCAACCUCCCCCAAUCCUACCUCCCCCAAGCCUCCCUCCUCCACGCUUCUUUCCCCCAGGCCUGCCUCCCCCAAGCCUGCCUCCCCCAAGCCUGCCUCCCCAAGCCUGCCUCCUCCAAGCCUGCCUCCCCGAAGCCCACCUCCCCCAAGCUCUCCUCCCCCAAGCCCGCCUUUGCCGAGCCUACAUCCCCUAAGCCUGCUGCCAAUGCUGCCUCCUCUGCUCCUGCUUCUCCUGCUGCUGCCACCUGUGCAACCACCACUGCUGUCACUGCUGCUGCUGCUGCUGGUUUGGAGCAGCAAGAAGCAGACGAAGACGCCCUUCUCCUCUCUCUUGAAUCAAACUCGUUCAAGUGCAUAAGCAGCAGCAACAAAGCCAUCCAAUUAAUGGCACGAUCGCGCAGCGAUCCUGACGCUCCAUCGGCAUCUCUGCUUGAUCCAAUGGCUGACGUCGUCCUUCCUCCCCACUUCCCCACCCUUCCCCAUCUUUUCACCCCUCCUCGCCUCGCCACUCCCCCUCGUCCACGCUCUCGGGGAGGCUACAGUAAACUGCAGGUAGAUCUAGCAAUCAUCACGACUGUAUCGGAUUUUAUCGGAUUUGAUUUGUUUGGGGAUGGGGAGGAGGAGGAGGGGGGAGGUGCGUCUGGGGAAGGUGAGUCUGGGGCAGGUGGGAUGGACCCGUGGGGUAUGGUUGCUGCUGUGGGUGGGUCGCUCUGGCCUAUGAGUGACUGUACAGAGGGAGAAGAAGCGGCACAAACUGGUAAGGUGCAAUUGAAUUCCGCAGAGGUGCUUGUGGUUGAUUCUACAGAGGGUGACUGUAUGGAGGGAGAAGAGGCAACUCAGCAGGUGCUAGAUGAUGCAGCAGGUGUGCAAGAGAUGAGUGGGGAGGAUGUGACUAAAAAGGAUGUGAAUGGGGAGGAUGUGAUUGGAGAGAACGUGGCUGUAACGGCAGCUGAAGGGGUGAUCGAAAGCAGAGGGCAGGCAGAUGGGACUGUAGAGGAUGUGAGUGCUGCUGAGGAUGUGUCUGGUGGCGAUGUGACUGUAAAGGGGGUGAUCAGCGAGAAGGUGCAUAUAAGGGAGGUGAUUGUAGCAGCCUCGGCAUUGUGGAGGGACGUGAUUGAGCACCGGGAGGAUGUUGAUAUGGCUGUAGAGGGGGCUCUGGUGGAUAGGGUUACCACACGGAGUGAUGAGGGAGAGAAGGGAAGAGGCAUGGAGGAGGCGGAGAGCAGAGUGAAACGAAUAGGUGCGGGUGCUGAUAUGGCUGCUGAUGUGGCUGCUGAUGUGGCUGCUGAUGUGGCUGCUGAUGUGGAUGAUGUGGAUACUACAGACGAUAAGGUGCCGAGCUGGCAGCAGGUGUGCAAGCAGGGGGAGGUGAUUGUAACGAAGGCCAAGCUUCUUAUGAGUCUCUUAGAAAGGCUUGAGUGUGAGGUUGCAGAAUGUGAUGUGCUGAGACUGUCCGCGACAGAUGUAACCCUGGGGGGGACAGAUGUAACCCAAGCAGGGACAGGUGGAACUGUUCCAGAGACAGGUGUAACCCUGGCACUGGAGAAUCUGGUGGUUCUGACAGAGCAGCAUCUGUUGCUGCUGAGUCAGCAGCAUACAGUGGGAGGACGAAUAGGGGAGGAGGGUGUGACUGUGAGCGAUGUGACUAUAGGCGGGCUGGUGGCAGUGGCAGGCAUGGUGAGAGCGAUAGAGGCUGCGGCAAACGUUGAGGAGGUGACUUGUGAGGCGGCGCCUGUCAUGGGGAAGCGGCGAGAGAAUUCAGGGGUGAAGGGAAGGAGAGAAAGAAUUUUGAUGAAGGGAAAGAGGGAAAGGUCAGGGGGUGUGGGAGCAGCAGGAGGGAAGGAGGGUAGAGGAGACAGGGAGGGUUCAAUGAAGGGGGAGGAGGCAGGGCGUGUGGUUGCUGGGGCGCCUGUGACAGAAACGAGUGUGCUUGUACGGGGGGCUGCAAGUUUCUUGGAUGAAGUGAGAGAUGGGGUGGGCAGGUUGAUUAAAGGAGUUGAUUAUAACAGAGGUACCACACCUGACGAUCUGCGGCGGGAGGGAAUAAAAUCCGCAGAUAAUAGAAUCUGCGGAAAUUUUGUCGUCAGCCAGAGUGACGCCGCCCAGAUUGCGCUGAGUCUUGUGGCGGCUUCUGUCCGGCAUUUUUGUCUUGUAGCAGAGGAGGGCGGUUGCAGGGAGGGCGGCAGCGGUUUGGGCAGGGAGAUGGGUGGUGUGCGGUGGGGUGGGAAGCUUCUGAGAAAGGCAGGGAGGAGCUGUGCUGCUGUGAUUCGUGCUGCUGCCAUGCUUGCAGGUAGGGUGAUUGGGGAAGAGUUUGAAGGAGCGGAGGAGACAAGGGGAGAGGGAAGAGAGGGAGGAGGAGAAGGGAGAAGGGAGGGGGGUGAGGAGGAGCAAGAGGACGGGGUGCAAGCAGCAGCAGAUUCGCUACUGCAUGCUGCAGAGAGGCACUUAAGACUGAUGAAGGGCGUUGAGAGAAGGCAAGGGGAGCUGCAGCUCCUGCAGCAGCAACAGGGGCGGGAGAUGCAGGAGAAGCAGGUGCAGCAACAGGAUCAGUCGGUGCCAGAGGGGGUCUUGAUUAUCGACGAAAGCAAGGAGGGAGGCAGGGAAGUGAAAGGGGGAAGCAGGGAAGGUGGUCUCUUGGGUGAACUGGCAGGUGGUCACAUUGACAAGAGACAUGUGAGACGUGAGCAACGGGCUGCUGCUGCUGCUGCUGCUGCUGCUGCUGCUGCUGCUGCUGCUGCUGCUGCUGCUGCUGCUGCUGCUGCUGCGGGUCUGGCUCUGCAUUUGGCUCACAACACUGAGAUGCUGGUGCUACCUUGGUACUUGCCUUCUGAUGGGCGUGCGAUUCUGCUGAGAGGAGGGAUGGGCAGGGGGAGGGCAAGGCAGGGGUUCUUGCUCAGCAAAAUUCUUUUCCGGGCAGCUCAGCUGGGCCAGAUGUUUCUGUCGCAUUGGACAGCCAGAGUACCUGAUUUUGCGGCGGAAAGUGAACCUGAGGAAGGGAGGGAGUGUGAGGGUUCGUGGCACAAAACACAGGCUGUAAGGGACGGAGAAGUGGUGCAAGGCCACGGAGCGGCGGACCCAAGGUUCACUGCUAGCCUGCCUGCUGCUGCUGAGAUUACCGCUGAUGGUGGUCUUGCUGCGCGCUUUGCUGCUGGCUUUGCGUGGCUGGUGCGGUGGUCAGGAGGAAUGGCUGCACUCGCAGGGGAGCUGGAGCAGCAGCAGCAGUACCAGACAGAGGGUGGAAGGGCAGGUGGUUGGGAAGAGAGUGGAGAGGUGGAUGGGGCGGUGAAGGGGCUACUAGUGCAGGGGGCAGCAGCUAGGGAAUUGGCACGCGACUUGCUGAUUCAGGCUGAAUUGCAGCGGUCCCAAGAAACGACUGAUGAGGUUGGGGUUACCACCGGUGUCCAUGCUCUUUCGGAGAGGAAUGGGCUGUUUCAUACUGAGGAUAGGCACAAGGAUGAGGUGGACAGUGCAGCGUGGCAGUCUACCACUGGUGUGCUGAGUCAGCGCGCUGAUUUGGCUGAGCUGGCGGCUGCGUAUGCUGAGUCGUGUGUCAGAUUCGCUGAGUCAGCAGCAGCUGUGCCGUCUGGUGACGCCUGGCAAGGCCUGCUUCUGCAGGCGGAAGGGUUGGUGGUGGAAGCUUCCAAGCAGCUUCGGAUGCUGUUGCAGGCAAAGAAGCACCGAAGCAGCAACAGGAGGCAGCAGAAGGGAUGGCAGGGCGGGUAUCCAACAGAAAACAGCUGCGAAUAUUAUGGCAGGGGUGGUGUGGAUUUUGUAAAUUAUGGCGGUAUGGACUGUUCAAAUCAUGGGGCUGAAGCAGCAUGUGAGGAUGACUUCUUGUUGCUGGCAGCACUGGUUGAGGAGGCUCAGUUUCAUCACUCGCUGCUGCUCCAAGCAACGCAAGACAGAGCAACAGAGAUAUGUGCAGCUAAGGCUGAAAGCAGGGUUCAUGGCUCAGGGGAGGCUGUGUCUGGGGGAGGUGCAUGUGACUCUGUACCAGAGUCACGAGCAGGGGUGCUGGUGUGCAGAGUGGAAAGGUCCUCUAUCCGCCGCUCUGCUCUGCUUCUGCGUCACCGUGCCUCCUCUCUCCUCCACCGCCUCUCCAUCCCAUUCGCACCUCCUCCUCCUCCUCCUGCUGCUAUCCCUGGGCUUUCCUUAUCGUCAGCAUCGUCCAACAAACCUUCCUUCUCCUCCCCCACCACCAGUCACUUGGUCGUGUCAGCAGCAGCUACUGCAGCCAGGCUUGUGACCUCCUCUUCCCUCCUUGCUUCUCUCCUGCAAGCGCUUCUGCUUCUCUCCCCUGAUGAUCCCAGACCUGCUCCUGAUGCAUCACCAGCUUCUGCAGCCCUGCCUGCUGCUGUGCUGAGUCAGCAACAUGCCACCGUCCACUCACUCGCCCUUGCCCUUGCUGAUGUGGCAGCUGACCUGGACACGCAGCUAGCCAGGCUGGCAGACGCAUGCCUCCGCCAUGCUGCCUGCACUGAUCCUGCCGGUGCUGACGUGGCACUUGCGUAUUGGCUGCUGGAUGCAGGGCAAGAGCUGGUGACUCACUCACAUUGGCUCAUACAAGGAACAGGUAAAGGGAAGUCAGGCGUUACAAGUGUUACCGAUGUUACAAGUGUUACAGGAGCAGAAGCAGCAGCAGGACCAGCAGCAGCAGUGAACAGCGUGGGUUGUGUCGCUGCUUUGUCUCUCAGGCUGCUGAAAGUUCUCUUCUCCUUCUUUUGUGGCAUGCACCGGCCCUCCACCAAUGCUGCAUCCCCCAUUUCUUCCUUUUCAGACUGCCCUGCUCCAGUCGUACCCACCCUGCCUCUACUGCCCGCCUCGCUGACCUCUCGCCUGCAGCAGCUAGAAGCUGCUAUGGGCCUGCUAGUCCCUGCACAGGCACACGGGCACGGGAGGGCUUCUGAACCGCAGCAUCACAACCCACUGUCCCCCCCACAGCAAGGGCUCUCUGUGUGGAGCAAACAGGGCAGUGGCAGCAGUGGCAGUGCCGUGACAGCAGCACGCACUCUCUGUGUGUCGUGGCUUAGCCUGUGCUCUGAGGCCCUCUCUCUCAUGGCCGAUAUCCGCACUCGGCUGAGUCAGCUCUAUGUGCUUUCCCAUUCCCAUGACAGGGGGCUUGCACAUGCCCACUCUGCCACUGAUGCAGCAGCCGCGCCUAUCCCCUUGCUGAGACCCUUUAAACCCCAUCUGCCUAUAGCAGCAGCAGCAGCUGUUCCUGUGGUGUCUGCGCUGCUGCUGCGCUGCCUCUUGAGGCUGGGGGGUGCUGUGGCGGAGGUGUGGGGGGAGACUGGUGGGGGAAAGAAGGGGAAUUGGGGGAGCCGGGGGAAGAGUAGGGGCGGAAGGGACGGCAGAGGGAGUGAAGGAAGCGGCAAGGGUGGUGACGGGUUGGGAUUGGAAGGGGAGGAGGAGCUUUGCUGUGGAUGGGUGUACGCUUGGGAUAGUGACGGUUCUGCUGCUGCUACUGGCGAUGCUGGUUCCCACACCCCUGUCCCCCCUCUUGCCUCUGCAGCAGCAUCAGCAGCAGCAGAGGUCACCCUCCUGUCCUUGCUCCAUCACAACAUGCCCUUCCCACUACCAUCCCCAUUAUCCGACCACAAAAGUUCGGGACAAGGUAGAAAACGGGAGGAAAGGGGCGAGCUAGUGGAUAGUCAUGGAGGGGAGAGAGGAGGAGGGGAGCAGACAGAAGGAGGAAAAGAGGGAGAACAAGUCAAGGAGCCGUUUCUGGAUGGGGGAAUUUCUCGGCCUGUUCUCUUUGGCGAUCUCUGUGCUUCCAUUUGUUCCAAUGCUGCUGCCGCGUUGACAGGAAAUGCCACAGAUCUUGCAGAUGUGGCUGAAGCUGCUCUUUCCGCACAGAUUAUUGACGCAACUGGAGGCUUUGCGUCUGAUUUGAAUAUGAGAGGAGGUGCUGGUGUGGUGAGGGUCUCUGCUACCAGUGGGGUGAGAGCAUAUGGGGAUGUGGAUAUGAGUGCACCCAUCCCUGUUCUCUCCGUGUUUGCAGUCAAGCUGCAGACACCUGCUGCUGCUGCUGCUGUGGGAGAGUCAGCAGCGUCGGCAGGAGGGGUACGGGGCGCAGGAGAGGGGGAUGGUAAGGUGCUGCAAGGAACAGACGAAGCUUCUGUCGCCACCCCAUCCCCCCUCCUCUCCUCCUCAUCUCCGUACCUUCCUCCGAGCUCCAGCUGUCACUCCGCCAUUCGUCCGACGCCCCAUGCUGACGUCAUCCUCCCCAUCCCUCUCUUCCUCUCGUCUUCUGAGGAGGAUCGGAGCAGCUUCGGCACUGACCCAACCCUGGAGCAUGGUUCGGGCAGCUUGAAUGAAGCAAUAAAUCUUUUUUUGGAGGAACUGGAGGUUGGAGAGGGGCGAGGGGGGCGAGAAAAGAAGGGGAGGAAGGUGAGAAGGAAAGGUGGGGAGGGUAGCAUGGAAAAAGGUGAGGGUUUGGAAGGGGGGAUGGAGAUGGGUGGUGGGGAUGCAGAUAUGCCUGCAGAGACAGAAACAGGAAUUGAGACAGACAUUGAGAGUGAUGCUUGGAGUGUGUCUAGUGGGGGUUGGGACUCGUCUGUUGGAGUUGGGGUGGAGGGAGAGGAGGAGAUGAGGGGGGAGUUUGAGGGUAGGAAACGGGGGGUUGGGGAGAGGAGUGGGCAGAGAGAGGGGAAGGGGGAGAGGGAGGAGAGUGGGAGAGAGGGUGGUUUGGGUGGGGGGGUGGAGGGAGGGACGGGUGGGGAGGGUGAGGAGGAGGAAGAUGAAGACGAGGAGUGGUAUCAAGAACUGCUGAAGAACAUGCGCGAUGUGGACUUGGGGUUUGGGAAAGAGGUUAUAGCAUCUGAACAAGAAGAAGGGGCAUGUGAGAGGGAAGAGUCAACCACUGAGGAAGGAGUGAGGUCCUUUGGGCUGAGUCAAAGUUUAGUAAGGGGUCUUCUGGCGGAGGAAGGAGGGGAAACGGAGGAGAGCGGGAAAUGGCGAGGGGCAAAUGAGGUUCCUAUCUCUGCAGAGGCAGGAGGAGGGAGAGAGGAGGCGCAGAGGGGGGAGGGUGGGAAAGGAGAGCCUGCUUUUGAGUCGACUCAAGAGGAGGCGCAGAGGGGGGAGGGUGGGGAAGGAGAGCCCAGCCCUUGCAGCACUGACAGCGAUGCUGGCACCAUAGCUUCGGAGGCGACCGACGCUGUGCCGGACCUGCCGUUCAGGCUCGGAAAGCGGUUCUACAACAUUGAUUCGAUGCUGAACAUGCGCGAACCUGCAGUUGCCUCGGGGGCCGGUGGGGUUGGGGCUGGUGGGAAGCUGUUUUCAGGGUACUUGGAUAGGAAGGGACGUGGGAGGACCCUCAUUGAUGGUGCUGUGGUGGGGGCGUCAGCUGGGGCAGCCGGGGCAGUGGGGGCAGUGGGGGCAGUGGGCGUGGGGGAGAAGGUUUCAGGGAGAAGAAAAGGGGAAGGAGAAGGGAGUGGGGAUGACAGGAGUGAUGGUGGCGAGACGAGCGAAUCAGCACCGGCAGAAGAAGCAGCAGCCAUAGAAAGUGCAGCAGCAGCAGUGGAACGUUCGCCAGCACCCACACAAACAGCAGCAGAAGAUUUGAAGGGACUUCUGGCGGAUGCAACAACAGAAGAUUCAAGAGCAGAGGAUACACCAACAGCAGCUGCAGCAGCAGCAGAUAGUGACAGUAACGAUAAUGACAGAAAUGGCGAGGGUGACUGUCACGAGGGCGAGGGUGACAAUAACGAGGGCGAGGGUGGCAAUAACGAGGGCGAGGGUGACAAUUACAAGGGCGAGGGUGACAAGAAUGAGGGUGACUAUCAAGGUGAGGGUGACCGAAUUGAUGGUGCCAAUAGCGAGCGUGACAGUGAGAAGGACGGCAGUGUCGAGGGUGACAAUAAUGAAGGCGAGAGUACAACAAUUUGUUCGGAGCAUCCGGACCUUCUGCAGUUAGACGAGGUUUCCCGAGCCAAGCAGGCUCGGCGACAGUGCCAUGCCGAAGCUAAGGCCGCCGUGGCUGCAGCUUUGGAUGCCCAGGAUGACCUGGCAGACGCCGAAGCUGCAUUGGAGGAAGCUUCCAAGGAAGUUGCACGGCUCACGGCAUGUACUGACACAGAGAAUAAAGGCUCAAGCUUGGAAGUGUUUGUCAAGGGGGAAGGGGUUGCUGAUAACCAGGUGACAUUUGAGUUGACUCAGGAGAUGGCAUGUACUGACAAUGAGAAUAAUGACACAAGUCUGGAGGGGCUUGUAAAGGGGGAAGGGGGUCCUGGUAACCAGGCAGGGGUUGUGGUUACGGUUGAUGGGGGAAAUGAGGGCAGCAGCAAGGGAAGCAAGACAGCCGAAGUCGAAGGAGAGGGGAAUGGAGAGGAGGGGGAGGGGGAGGGGGAGGAGGGAGUGACUGAGGUGGGAGAGGGAACUGCUGAAGGAGAGGAGGUGGGGGGGAGAAGUGCAGUGACAGCUGAAGUGGACGGUGCAGGUGAUGCAUCUCUUUCUUCUGCCCGCUCUUCUGCCCUAGCUGCCCUGGAACAAGCUCAGCUUGCCCGCAAUGAAGCUGCUGCCCGGAUGCGCGCCCAGCGGCGUCGGGCAGCUGCAAAAGUUUCAGAGCUGGAAGCUGCCCGGUCCCUCUACACCACACUGCUUCGGGCAAAAGAAAAGCGGGUGGCUGAAAUAAAUAGUGCUGCUUAUGGGCUGAUUGGGGAGAUGAAGGCAGCAACUGGGUGUGUAACACCUGGUGUGGUAACCCCACGAGGGGGCUCUGCUGCUAGUAGUGAAUUGCUUGAUGUGCAACACUGCACAGAUGGUGUAGGUGGUGACUAUAAUGACGAGGGCUAG